UCCUCACACUUCCCAUCCAUAUACCCUCCUCAGUCCCUUACCAGUUACCACCACUCUCUCUCUCUCUCUUCAUAUACUUGGUCGAGUUUCCAUCCAGCUCUGCAUGAGUGAAUUCCCAGGCCGUACUUCAUUAGCUUUUCUGCUAAGACAUUAGAUCGAACGAGCGUGUUUCUACAGCCAAGAGGGGAGGAAGGGGGGAAAGGAAGGGAAGAAAAGAUGGCGGGAGCCACUGGAGGGAGAUCGCUGGAACAGACGCCGACGUGGGCGGUCGCCGUGGUCUGCUUCGUCCUCGUCCUGGUCUCCAUCAUCAUCGAGUACAUCAUCCACAUCAUCGGGCAGUGGUUGAAGAAGAAGCACAAGAGGGCUCUUUACGAGGCACUCGAGAAAGUCAAAUCAGAGCUUAUGCUUCUGGGGUUCAUAUCGUUGCUGCUCACGGUGGGGCAAGGUCCGAUAUCGAACAUAUGCAUAUCCAAGAAAGUGGGGGCCACGUGGCAUCCAUGCAGCAAGUCCCAAGAGCAAGGGAAGAGCAAGUACGGGGAGUCGUCCCAUUACGAAUCCGACGGCCGUAGACUGCUCGGCCUCUCGGACUCCCACGGAGGCGGGCGCCGAGUUCUGGCGGCCGCCACCUACGACAAAUGCGCGGCCAAGGGCCAAGUGCCGUUCGUGUCGGCGGACGGGAUCCACCAGCUCCACAUCUUCAUCUUCAUCUUGGCUGUUUUCCACGUCCUCUACUGUAUUCUCACCAUGGCUCUUGGCCGAGCCAAGAUGAGCAGCUGGAAAGCUUGGGAGAAGGAAACCAGGACCGCCGAGUACCAAUUCUCACAUGAUCCGGAGAGGUUCAGGUUCGCGAGGGAGACGUCGUUCGGGCGAAGGCACCUCAGCUUCUGGACCAAAAACCCCGUCCUCAUCUGGAUCGUUUGUUUCUUCAGACAAUUCGUUAGGUCUGUUCCAAAAGUAGAUUACUUGACUUUGAGACACGGCUUUAUCAUGGCACAUUUGGCUCCUCAAAGCCACGUAAAUUUCGAUUUCCAGAAAUACAUCAAUAGAUCCCUGGAAGAGGACUUUAAGGUUGUCGUAGGGAUCAGUCCUCCGAUAUGGUUUUUCGCGGUUCUGUUCCUGCUCUUCAAUACCCACGGGUGGUUUUCUUAUCUGUGGCUCCCAUUCAUCCCACUGAUUAUCAUACUUCUGGUCGGGACGAAGCUGCAGGUGGUCAUAACCAAAAUGGGGCUCCAGAUUCAAGAGAGAGGGGAGGUUGUGAAGGGCGUGCCGGUCGUCGAACCCGGCGACGACCUCUUCUGGUUCAACCGGCCCCGCCUUAUCCUCUAUCUCAUCAAUUUCGUUCUCUUUCAGAAUGCUUUUCAGCUUGCCUUCUUUGCCUGGACUUGGUAUGAAUUUGGACUGAAAUCUUGCUUUCAUGAGCACACAGAAGAUAUAAUAAUCAGAAUCACAAUGGGGGUCCUCAUUCAGAUUCUGUGCAGCUAUGUCACUCUUCCUCUCUAUGCUCUCGUGACGCAGAUGGGGUCGACGAUGAAACCGACCAUAUUCAAUGAGAGAGUGGCCACAGCCUUGCGGAAUUGGCAUCACACGGCAAGGAAGCACAUCAAACAGAACAAAGGCUCCAUGACGCCCAUGCCCAGCAGGCCGACCACGCCUUCGCAUCAUAUGUCCCCCGUGCACCUCUUGCGCCACUACCGCAGUGAGAUCGACAGCAUCCACAUGUCCCCAAGGCGAUCCAAUUUUGACUCUGAUCAUCUGGACAGCGAAUCUACCUCGACCCACCUCCACCAGAGCGACGGCUCAUCAUUGUACCAUAAUCCCAACACAGAACAUGGCACGGUCGACCUCGAGAGAGCGGUCCAAUUGGCUUCCAUUCCUCAGCCAACGACGCGGGUUCAGCACGAGAUAGACAACGUCCCGAAAGACUUUUCGUUCGAGAGACAAAGCGGGAAUAGUUGAGGGAGUUCUCUAGUAAAUGGUAAAAAAACUGACCACCAAAGUCACCGGUGAUGGAUCAAGUCUGAGAUUCGCAAGUGCACACUCGGGUCAACCUGUUCGAAUCGGAUGUCGUAGCUCGGUGAAUCUUCAAGGAUGAACAGAUAACAGGGGACUGAGACUUGAAGAUCAGAGUUUACACUUCGUACUGUAACAUUCAGGCUUACAAAUUGGUGAAAUUAUAGGGACAGACAACCUAAAUUGUAGCAUGCACUCUCAGAACACCUUUGGUUUUUUUCUUUUCCGACAUUUUCUGGCCCGGGCUAAGGUUCACUUGACUCUGCCGCUGAUGCCACAGAAAAGAAACAAAGCUACUUUGCUCACAUGCUACUAUAAAGUUUCAUUUUUUACUGGUCGAUCAAUCAUUCCAUCAAAAUCAAUUUCGACGGUGGGUAACCCCU